AGUUGGACGCCGCCGUCCGCGCGGCCGAAGCUGCGCGCGCGCGCCCGAGCCGCCACUCUGCACCAUGAGCCUGGUGCAGACCAAGAAGGAGGCGCUGAAGGUGAAGCACAGCAGUGCCGCCAGCGGGACAUCGUCGACCGAUCUGCUGACCCCCAAGGCGUCGCCCUUGGGGCUCCGGGCCCCCAAGGCGGCGCCUCCAGGGAACCUGGCGGGCCUGAGGAACUUGCUCUGGGACCCAAUCUCGUUGUUGCUCGUGGCCUGGCCCCUGGGCUGCCUCGCGCACUUCCACGACUGGGGGGACAUCCCGGAGUUCUGGCUCAACUUCCUAGCGAUGGUCCCUCUCGCAAAGAUCCUCGGGGACGCCACGGAGGAGCUCGCCGCCGGGCUGAAGAACGACACGCUGGGCGGCCUGCUGAACGCCACCUUCGGCAACGCCGUCGAGAUGAUCCUGACCGUGCAGACCCUGCGGGCGGGGCAGAUCGGCGUCGUGAAGGGCACGCUGCUGGGGAGCAUCCUCUCGAACCUGCUGCUCGUGCUCGGCAUGUCCUUCUUCGUGGGGGGGCUCACGCCGUCCAAGGGCUCCAGGAUCGGCAAGGAGCAGACGUUCUCGACCCAGGCCGCCCUGACCAACAUGACCAUGCUCCUGCUGGCGUGCUCCGCCUUUGCCUUCCCCGCGGUCUUCUUCUCGCAGGACGAGAUCGGCAGGGAGUACAUGGAGUCCCAGAUCUCCGAGCUGGGCACCUUCGCGGCGGGCAGCACGCCGCGGCUGCUGCAGAUCUCCCGCUGGUGCAGCGUGUACAUCCUGGCCGCGUACGUCGCCUUUCUGUUCUUCCAGCUCUACACGCACGCGGACGUGUUCAAGGGCGGCUCGGACGACGAGGAGGAGGAGGAGGAGGAUGCUCAGCUUUCCCCGACCGUCGCUGUGGGGCUGCUCUUUGUCACCACCUGCCUGGUGGCAGCCUCCUCGGAGUUCCUGGUGGACUCGAUCGACGGGCUCGUCGACAGCUGGGGCCUCGGCAAGGGGUUCAUCGGCGUCAUCCUGCUGCCCAUCGUCGGAAACGCCUGCGAGCACGCGGGGGCCGUGCGCAUGGCAGUCUACGACAAAAUGGACAUCACCAUCGGCAUCGCCGUCGGCUCCUCGACGCAGAUCGCACUCUUCGUGGUGCCCUUUGCCGUGAUCGUGGGCUGGGCCAUCGACCAGCCCAUGGAUCUGGAUCUGGGGGCGCUGCACACGACGAUCAUGAUGAUGGCCGUGUUGAUCACGUUCAGCGUGGUUUCCGAUGGGACUACGAAUUGGCUCGAAGGCUUCAUGCUGAUGAUCGCCUACUUGGUGGUGGCAACGCUCUUCUGGUUUCUGCCGGAGAACAACGAGGCUUAGCGCGCUCGGCGUCGUUAUCUGAGUUCGUGGCGGCGAUGGGUCUGGGAGUUCUGUCAGGGAUCUGCCCUUACUCGACCUUGCCAUUACCAGCGGGCUGUCGAUUUACAAAAGGUCACGCUCCCUGCUGGAUGAGAAGAUGGGACUAAAGGUCUCAAGUCGCUUGUAUAUAACACUGCUUCGGCGGACUGCCGACUUACCACAGCAUGAACUGAACGGGGUGCUGUCUGGCAUAAGACCAAAGGCCGCCGCAUCAGAUCUUUAUAUCUUGUACCAGUACAGUCAUUAAGCAGUGCCUGGGUGACCCAGGCUUGAAUAUGUCGCCGCACGUCAUCCUUCUCCGAAACACGCACCCGGUCCUCUUGUCACCCUCGACUCAGGCACGAUGGAGUAGCAGGAGGCUGAGGACGAGUCCAGCCCGUCUUGCGCAACAGCGCCCGAUAUUCUCAGAAAGUAUGGGAGGAGUAGCACGGAG